AUGGCAGAAACUGGCCAAUUGACAGAUGAUGCAAGUUUAAGGGAUAUGCAGAUUGCUGCUAUUCUCAAGAUGCUGUUUCUCAACAAGGACACAGCGGACACCAAUUUAGAAGACACUUUUAAUGAUGAAGAGUUACAAUGGAAGGUUUUAAUAUUGGACUUGAAGAGUACUGCCAUUAUUUCAUCUGUGCUAAGAGUUAACGAUUUGUUGAAAGCCGGCGUCACUGUACAUUCUUUGAUUAAUCAAACAAGGGCAUCUCUACCAGAUGUCCCAGCCGUUUACUUUGUUACUCCUACUCAAGAAAAUAUUGAUAAAAUUGUACAAGAUUUAAAAGAGGAUAAAUAUUCAGACUUUUACGUGAAUUUCACCUCUAUUUUGACUAGAGACCUUUUAGAGGAUUUUGCCAAACAGGUAUCCGUUACCGGUAAAGCUGAUAGAAUUAAACAAGUGUUUGAUCAAUAUCUAGAUUUUGUCGUUACAGAACCAGAACUAUUUUCAUUAGAAUUACCUCAUGCCUAUUCACUUCUGAACAACCCAACAUCUACAGAAGAAAUGAUUACCUCCUCCUGUGAUCAUAUAGCAGAUGGGCUUUUCAAUGCCGUAAUGACCACCGGAUCUGUCCCUAUUAUUAGGGCUCCUAGAGGAGGAGCAGCAGAAAUAGUUGCUGAGAAACUAGGUGGCAAGCUACGUGACUACGUCAUAAACACCAGGUCUUCAGAUCCAUCAGGAUUGGAUUCAGAUUCUUUGGAGAGAUGCGUUUUAGUGAUAUUGGAUAGAAGCAUCGAUUUUACUUGCAUGUUUGCCCACUCAUGGAUUUACCAAUGUAUGGUGUUCGACGUUUUCAAAUUAGCAAGGAAUACAAUCACCAUACCUGUGAAAGGUGAAGAGGGACAAGAAACGCAGAAAAAAUAUGAUAUCGAACCAGAUGAUUUCUUUUGGAAUGGUAACUCUCACCUACCAUUUCCAGAGGCAGCAGAAAAUGUGGAAUCAGCUCUAUCAGCCUAUAAAGAGGAAGCCUCUGAAAUUACAAGGAGAACUGGUGUAACCAAUUUGAAUGAUUUAGACCCAAAUUCCAACAGUGAUACAGUACAAAUGCAAGAAGUUGUGAAAAAACUGCCACAAUUAACCUCAAGGAAAAACAUCAUCGACAUUCACAUGAACAUUUUUGCCGCUCUGCUUUCUCAGCUAGAAAGUAAAUCUCUAGAUACUUUCUUCGAAGUGGAACAGGAUCCUGACAACACCAAGGCAAGAAGUAGGUUCGCGGAAAUUCUUAAGGAUGGUAAAAACAAUAAUUUGGAGGACAAAUUGAGAACGUUUGUUGUACUCUAUCUAACUUCUGAAAAUGGCUUACCAAAGGACUUUGUCAAAGAAGUCGAGAAGUAUUUCCAAGAUCAUGAAUAUGACAUUAGUGCAUUGAAAUACGUUUACAAAUUAAGGGAUCUCAUGCAAUUAUCCAAUAAAACUUUACAAAACAAAUCGCUGGAAGACGGUAGCAAUAAACUAUCUACCGGUAAUAACUUAUCUCUAUCAGGUCUUUAUGGUCUUACCGAAGGAAGAUUACACGGUGGUGUGGGCAGUUUAAUAUCGGGAAUUAAAAAAUUGUUGCCAGAAAAGAAGACCAUCCCCAUUACCAACGUCGUAGAAGCAAUUAUGGAUCCGUUGAAUAGUUCUCAGAAAAAUCUGGAAACUACUGAUGCCUACUUGUAUUUUGAUCCACGUAUUACAAGAGGUUCUCACACCAGAAAGCCAAAGAGACAAUCAUACAACAAAUCUCUCGUUUUCGUCAUUGGUGGUGGUAACUAUCUAGAGUAUCAGAAUUUACAAGAAUGGGCACACUCUCAACUGCAUAAUCCUAAAAAAUUGGUGUAUGGUAGCACGGAUAUCGUAAAUCCUGGUGAUUUCCUCAAGGAAAUCGCAGAAUUGGGCUCUUCCUCUAAUUAA